CCUUUUGUUUAUGGAUAUCAUUUAAAACAAGACGGUAUAAUGAGGAAUUUUAAUUGUAUUCUAUGGUUUGCUUUUAUGGCCAAAUUAGUGUCCACUAACAUCGAUGGAAAUUUGCCAACCUUAUAUCAGUAUUAUACAGAGGGAGGUAUAAAAGCAGGUUUGAGUGAUACCCAGUCUUAUUUUACCCUUAACCACAAAAAUAUUACUAUAUUUAGUGGUUCUUUGCAUUACUUUCGUGUUCCAAAAGUCUAUUGGAGAGACAGAUUGCGUAAGUACAGAGCAGCAGGAUUAAUAGCAAUUCAGACUUACGUUCCCUGGAAUCUUCAUGAGUAUCGCGAGAAUGUUUUUGAUUUCGGCUCUGGAGGAAGUGACUUUGAAGAGUUUCUUAAUAUUGUAGAAUUUUUAAAACUAGCGAAAGAAGAGGAUUUGUUUGUUAUUCUUCGUCCGGGACCAUUUAUAGAUUCUGAGUGGGAAUUUGGCGGUUUGCCCAGUUGGUUGCUAAGAUAUAAAGGAAUUAAGGUAAGAACGAGUAAUAAACUUUAUCUACAUUUUGUAAACGUUUAUUUUCAAAAAUUAAUUGAAUAUAUCACCCCUCUGCAAUUUACAAAAGGUGGACCCAUAAUAGCAAUCCAAAUAGAAAAUGAGUAUGGAAAUACAAAUGAUGGAAUUCAUCCUGUAGAUAUCAACUACCUUAUAACUUUAAAAAAUAUUUUACGUCAAUAUGGAAUUGUUGAACUUUUGUUUACCUCGGAUACUCCAUCUGCAGGAUUUACUGGCACUGUUCCAGGUGUAUUGGCCACAGCUAAUUUUCAAAAUAAUCCAAUUUUGGAAUUAAACAUACUAAAACAAUUUCAACCAAAUAAACCCUUAAUGGUAACUGAAUAUUGGACCGGGUGGUUUGAUCAUUGGACAGAAAAACAUCAAACCAGGUCUGUUGAAGAUUAUGGAAGGGUUUUAGAUAAAAUUUUAAGCUGCCAAGCAUCAGUAAAUCUAUAUAUGUUUCACGGUGGUACCAGUUGGGGAUUUAUGAGUGGCGCAGAGUUAAAAAACAAAUCUGUUAAGGAAAUUGACAACAAAGGAUUUGAUCCAAUAGUAACAACUUAUGAUUACAACGCUCCCAUUUCUGAAGCUGGAGAUUACGCGGACAAGUAUUUUAAAACCAUUGAACUCAUAACUAAAUAUGAUAAACUUAAAAUAAAAAAGCCGUCAGUACCAAAUCUACAGCAACGUAUAAUCUACCCAGAAAUUAAUAUUAUAGGUGAAAUAUCAAUGAAUGAAAUGUUAAAACAAAUUCCUAGCGUUUAUGUAGAUACGCUUUUACCUAUGGAAUUGCUGCCAAUAAACAACGGGUCAGGACAGAGUUAUGGUUACAUCAUUUAUAAAAAAUCACACAUAGACAUCCCGGAACGUUCAAUUUUAAAAAUUUUCGGAAGAGUAUGUGAUACUGUUUUAGUUCUUGUCAAUGGAGAGCUUCAAAAUAAAAUUUUGGAAUCUAAAGACGAUCUAAACGAAUUCGGGUUUUGGAGAAAAAAGGAUUCUGCUUUAACUCUUGGUGAUAAUUUUAUUCGAAAUGCUACUUUAGAACUUAUAGUAGAAAACUGGGGCCGAGUUAAUUACGGAUAUUUGGAGCAAUUUAAUCAAUUUAAAGGACUUUGGCAAGGCAAUGUGACACUCAAUGACCGCUUAAUAAAAUUUGACACCAUUUUUCCCCUACAGUUUACAAAAUCUUGGAUAAAAAAUAUAAGUAGUUGGAAAAAUCCUACUUUUUGUGAUGGACCAAAGUUAUAUAGAGCUGUACUAGAAAUAAAUGAUUUGAGGGAUACAUAUGUGGACAUGAGAAACUGGAAUAAAGGAAUCAUUAUUGUUAAUGGAUUCGUAUUAGCCAGAUAUUUAAAACUUGGACCUCAAUUAAGUUACUAUUUACCUGCACCAUUUUUAAAAUAUGGAAAAAAUGAGAUACUAAUCUUUGAACAUUUUUCACCUUCCAAAACUAUUAAUUUUACAGAUCGUCUUUUAUUUGGUAACUCUUAACAUAUUGUAGCAAUAUUACAGUUGAAAUAAAACUCACAGUUUGAUUUA